AUGAGGGUGCAGGUAACGCUAUUCGGUUUCGCACUCAACACCCUCACCCUCACCUGGGAGCACGGGCGCACCACCGCUUUACUCUCACGGCGGCACCGCUCGCCAGGAAGGGGGCUCGAUGUCCACGGGGAACCGCACGAGGCAGGAUUCCGGAUUUCGCUCACCAACGGCACUACAUUAGCUUACCAAUGCGUAGGUCCAGAGGUCCCUUUACAUCCCAGCAGUCGUCCGCCAUCGAAGAGAGCCACACCCAACCAGCACCAAAAAGUAGCGUUCCUA